AUGGCUCCGGCCCCGGUCUCCCGUCGCCUCAAGGCCUCUUCGGGGAACUCGGGCCUCUCAGAUCCCCUCCCCGGAGCUCGCCAGUCCCCCAGCUCGGCUACACACGGGCGUCCACCUUCCCGGCCCGCAGCCGGCAGGCCCGUCACCAGGCAACAGUCACCAGCUCCAAGGGCCUUGGGAGGCCUACCCCGGGUGCGGGUCCUUCCCGGUUCCCUCCUUGCUGGCCUUAGAGAGCCCAGAUGGGAGUGUGGCAGGGGCGGUGCUGGGGCUCGUUUCCCCCGCCCCCCCAAACGCUUCCUGGCUGCCCCUGCUCAGCCUCAGAGCCUUGCCGCGGCCGCCGGCUUACUCCAUAGCCUUCUCCACCCGCGCGGCCUCAAAGGCUGGAGCCGGAGGAGGGAAGGGGGAGGGGAGGGGAGGGACUGGGGAGGAAGAGUACGGGAGGGGGAAGAAGACCGAAAGACCGGCCGGCCAGGGCAUGACGUCACUUCCGUCAGGCUUGGAGGGGCGGGGCCUACGCUCCCUGGGCCCCGCCUACCGAGUGCCAGGUGGGGGCGGUGUUACGAGCUAGGGGAGGAACCCGAGCGCUAGCUGACGGCGGUCCUUUUAACUCCGCGAUUCCGUAGCCUUGGCAGCCGGAGUAGGCUUCCGGGGCCAGGACCGAGCGAGCAGAGUUUUCGUAGCCCUAAAGGUGGCUUCUGCCGGAAAAGGAGGACAGGAUGCUCUAGUCCUUAAGCUACUCAGCUAUGGGAUGAUAUUAUUCACUCCCUUCAGACUCAGGUGGAAAUAAAAAAGAAGCAUCAUCAAUGAACAUACAAGAACUGUUUUACUGGCUCUGAUGCUGUUGAUGUAGCAUCAAGUCAUCUUAUGCAAAACAUGUGCUUAAGUAAUAACGACACCUCUCCUCUUAAAGGAGUUUGUCUUUGCCAAGUUCUAACAAAUCAUCAAGUACUUGAACCAGUAGGAAUGAAGCUACUGAAAAAUGAAAAGGAAUUCUAAUUUGAAGAUUAAAACAGUAGUCCCAACAAGUUUCUAGGCAAGAAAUCAUCAUAUAUAUAUAUAUAUAUAUAUAUAUAUAUAUAUAUAUAUAUAUAUAUAUAUAUAUUUUGCAAAAGAAAAAAGCAUGCUGGGAAUGGGUUAACUGAUGAAAUAAGAGCAAAGAAAUAUUUAAGACCAGGAGAUGAAAUGAUUUGGAAUCCUAUAACACAAGAAUUGAAGAACUUGGGGCAUCUGGAAAUUAUCCAUACAGUAAGUGGAAAUGUGGUUAUACCUCCAAAUAUCCAAACCUGUGACAAACCUGUUCUCUCACUUUCAAAAGAAGGUAAUUUCAUUUUUCAUAAUUUUUUUCAGGAAGAACUGAUAUUUUAAUUAUUUUUUUAAGAACAGUUUCAGGGGCG